ACCAAGAUGAGUGACUUAAAACCACCCAUGUCAACUGUUGGACUGGUGCUUUUUAUAGCAGCAGGAUUUCUGAUAUUUGUCUUGGGAGCACUUUUGGCAAAACGCCAAAUUAUGCGAUUCAGCCUGAGGUCAUCAAGGCGACCACACAUUUCUAUUGGGUCAGAUGCACCAAAGAAAAUGAGGAAGAGUAUAAUAGAAUGUCUAGAUCGUGUGUGUAAGAUCAAGCAUGAACCAGUACUAUUGAAUGCCAAAGUUCUUCAGACUGCAACGACAGUACCUAAUUCCUAUUACUACAGAAUGAAGGCACUGGAUUCAUUUUCAAAAUUUGAUGAGGUCCUGAAGUGUGAGGAGCCAGACUCAGAAGGUCGACACCCUAGUAAAACAGUGAGACAUUAUUUACUGGGUCUGUACCCAGAUUAUCUCGGAUCUUCAUCCACAGAUCUGAUCCAUCAAUUUGCUGAUGCUUAUGAACAUGCACGACAUGACCCAACUGAGUUUGGAGAGGUCCAGUAUAAACACUACCAAGGACUGCUGGAUGAAUUAAUAAUCUGCUUGAGGAACACAGCGGCGAAGCGGCCAGGUGUGGUAUUUGGUAAGACUUUGGGAAUGGAUACACAAGUGAUAUAUAAGCCAGGUAAAGGUGAUACUCAAACCAGGACGAUGCCUCAAAGUCCAGACAUAAAGGACACAAGUCCUGAUAAAGACUUAAGUGGCAAGCUGGAUAUGCGACAUCGAACACGGGCAGGCAGUAGUGCCCAGUCAAGCUUCAUGGACAGUGGUCAUUCCAGCCAUCAAAGUACAGCUAGUGCGGAAAGCUUUAUUCCUCAUGCAGAGAGCCCAGAGCGCAUUGUGCUGCUAGACUUUGAUAAGAAGAGUCACUAUGUGUGAAGCAGAACUAAAGAAAUAAUUUGAUGGGACAAGUGCAAUGGCAUAGAGAAUUGAUAGUGUGUAGAUGAGAAAUUACGUCUCGGAGAGUAUGAUAGAGGCUGUGAUAUUGACUAGAAUGUGAUAGUAAAUUAUAAAUGUGUAUACAUGUGUUAUAUUUGAACGUGUGAGAGAUAGUAGGAAUCUCAUUGUUGUUUUUGUUGACAUGUAAUUUUUAACAUAAAAUGAUAAAUUAAA